UCGAACGAAGAAGAAGCGUAGCGUCACUGUAUGACUCUGACGUCAUCGCGUACAACGUGUAGCACUGAAGAAACAUGGCUUUGAAUGGAGAUGAAGAGGAUUUUGAGUGGGAGCCUCCAACAGAAGCAGAGAUGAAGGUGAUCCAGGCUCGCAGGGAACGACAAGACAAAAUCAGCAAGCUGAUGGGAGACUACCUGCUGAAAGGGUACAAGAUGCUGGGAGAGUGCUGCGAAGUGUGUGGGACUAUUCUUCUUCAGGACAGACAGCAGAAAAACUACUGCGUCUCUUGCCAGGAGCUGGACUCUGAUAUUGACAAAGACAACCCUGCCCUGAAUCCACAGGCCGCCUUGUCCCAGGUGAGGGAAAGGCAGCUCGCAUCCCAGUCCCCUGCACCGGCCCAUACUCCUGAACUCAAUGAAAGUCCCAGCAGUAGUCAGGGAAAUAUGUCCGUUCCUCAGCCCAGACCAGAGCACUGUGAGGGGGCUGCCGCAGGUGGAAGGACUCCUCUGCCUCCACCUGCUGUCCCCUCUCCUUCACCUCCUGCCUCCACUGCAGUCCUGGCACCAACUCGUCCCUCAGUUACUCCACAGAGCUCUGCUCAGCGGCUUGUUUUGCAAGAAGCCGAGGAAGCUGUUCUCACCAAACUUCGCUGGGCCACUAACCAGUUACAAAGUUCAGCCUCACUGGAGGCUAGUAUCCAGCUCUGCAGCCUCAUCACCAGCUGUGCCAACUCGCUGCGCAGCCUCAAGGAGGUCAGCCAGUAGCCAUGGCUGACUGGCUGAAACCCUGGAGUAAAAGGAGCGCUGUUUCUACUUGCCUCUGUCUUGGAAUAAUGACUCUGGUUCAGCUUUUCCCUUUUUGGCUGAAUCUUUGUUUAGAGAGAAUUCAGAAUUGGUCAGAAAAUAUUCUGAAAAUAGGAUUAUAAAGUCAAAAGUCCACCAGUUUCUCUUGGAUUAAUGUAGUUAUAUAGCUGGCAGAAAUGUUACAUGUUCAUUUGACUUUUUUGCCCUUUUGGAAGUUACAAAUUAGAUUCAUCAAAUUGCAUAAUUAAUUUAACCCAUUCAGCAGUUAAGUUCUUCUAAUAUGCAUUAGUCUAUCCAAAACAAAAAUGAAUGCCAGUUAAUCUAAAACGGCUACCAUCUAUGCAUGCUUCCAUGCAUUUCCAUUGAAAGACAGCCAGCGUUUUGGUACAGCACCACAAAAAUACUGGACCUUGAGUUGAAACUACUGAUGUCAGUGUCUGCUGGAGGGGCUAUCGACAGAUAUGCACCAAUUUUGCUGAUGCAGCCAGCACUCUGUCCUUUGUGGUUAAUUACCCUUUCUUCCUCCAUUUAACCUCACAUAACAUUCAAUUCUCAAACCUGUGGAAAUGUGGGCUCCACACUAGUCACAUUUUGGUGGAAAAGAGGCACACAGGAUCUGUUACUACAUUCAGAUUUAUAGCAUGUCAGUAUUUUGCCACUUGCAUCAUUCCUCUAAUGUGGCCCUGUUUCAGCACUUAAAUCCAGCUGCGUUUUUCUGUGCGCUGCUCGGUCUGACUCAGUUUCUGUGGUCUCUGAUCCGCUGGCAAUGCAAAGAUGGUGACUGGAAAGUUUUUGUUGUAUAUGUAUUUGAUGCUUAAUGGUGAUGGUCAGGUGGUUCACUGCGAUGAGAGUGCACAGCAUUCAGGAGUCAGACAUAAUACUUUGAAAAACAAACUGAGAGCAAAUAUACUCUGUAUUGUAUGUUGAUAAACUGCAAGAUAAAUGGAGGAAAUGCCAGCUUCAGUGUUGAUCAAAGUAGCAAAAGAUUUCUAAUAAUGUAUCACAAUAAAGCUUUUCUUGUUCAGGA